UGGGAAGGCCAAUAGGCAGGGGUGUAGGCGGGGCGUGAACUGCUCCUCGCCCGACCCGAGCCUCCACCUGGGGCGCCGCUGUAGGGUCUGGACCGCGCUACCUUUGAGCGGCCGGAGGCUCUGGCGGGGCGGGCCUUUCGCAGGUCCAGAGGGAAACCUGCUCCACACUGGCUCAUUGAGUCAUGUAAAGAAGGCCACAUGCUUCAGCACAUCCAUUUGCUCGGCCAGCUGUUCCUGAAUCUCUGUUGUGCACCAGGCAUCUGGUGACUGGACUGAGGCAUGAGCCCCUGGUAGCACAUCGUGGGACGGGAGCGUGCAUCCACACAUGGUUUGGCCCUACGAGGACCAGAGCAGCCCAGGCUGUCACCAUGGUGAAGCUGUUGGUGGUCAAGAUUCUUUGCAUGGUGGGCGUGUUCUUCUUUAUGCUGCUGGGUUCCCUGCUCCCCGUGAAGAUCAUCGAAUCCGAUUUUGAGAAGGCCCACCGCUCAAAAAAGAUCCUCUCGCUCUGCAACACCUUUGGAGGUGGGGUCUUUCUGGCCACCUGCUUCAAUGCUUUACUGCCUGCUGUAAGGGAAAAGCUCCAGAAAGUUCUGACUCUUGGGCACAUCACCACUGACUACCCACUGGCAGAGACCAUUGUCAUGUUAGGCUUCUUCAUGACUGUCUUCCUGGAGCAGCUCAUCCUGACCUUCCGCAAGGAGAAGCCGUCCUUCAUCGACCUGGAGACCUUCAAUGCCGGCUCAGACGCUGGCAGCGACUCAGAGUACGAGAGCCCCUUCAUGGGGGCCGCGCGGGGCCAUGCAAUCUACAUGGAGCCUCACACCCACAGCCACGGGCUGCAUGUCCAGGAGCUGUCACACUCCAGCCCCCUCCGCCUCCUCAGCCUGGUCUUCGCUCUGUCGGCUCAUUCCAUCUUUGAGGGCCUGGCCCUGGGCCUGCUGGAGGAGGGGGAGAAGGUAGUGAGCCUGUUUGUGGGUGUGGCCAUCCACGAGACGCUGGUAGCUGUGGCCCUAGGCAUCAACAUGGCCCGGAGCUCCAUGCCCCUGAGGGAAGCGGCCAAGCUGGCCGUCACCGUGAGCGCCAUGAUCCCCCUGGGCAUCAGUAUUGGCCUGGGCAUCGAGAGUGCGCAGGGCGUGCCCAGCAGUGUGGCCUCGGUGCUACUGCAGGGUCUGGUGGGUGGCACCUUUCUCUUUGUGACCUUCUUUGAGAUCCUGGGGAAGGAACUAGAGGAGAAGAAUGACCGGCUGCUCAAAGUCCUCUUCCUCGUGCUGGGCUACGCCGUGCUGGCCGGCAUGGUCUUCCUCCAGUGGUGAACGUCCCCUUGCUGUCCUUGUCUGUCUAGGUCUCCUGUCCUGCUGGAGCUCUCGGGGAGCCCCCAGGUGGGAACAGGCUACAUUCCCCAGCUCCCUCUCCCCCCAACAGGGAGCUCAGGCCCCCAGCCACUGCCUGCACACAGAGGCUACCCAAGACCAAGCUGCGCCCUAGAUUCUACACGCCCAGCCUCAGGGCAACCCCAUUGUAAAAUACUUCUCUUAAAGGUAUUUACCAAA